AUGGGUAGUAAACACGAGAAGUUACAGAAAGAUAUGAACACUUUUGUCAAUUUCUUAAAAAUGAAUAGAAUUAAAUGUAACAUGGAAAAGACCAAAAUGAUUUAUACAGAUACAAGAACAAGUCUUAAAAGAAACCUCACUUUUAAGUUAUUAGGAACUGACCUACAUGUUUUAAAUUACAAAGAUUCUUUGAGAUAUCUAGAAUGUUACUUCUCCAGUUUCAACUCUUCUUUAGCUACAAUAAAUCAACUAAUUUCAGACACAUCAGAAAUUUCCAAAGCCAUUAUUCAAACGAAAGGAUGGAACAGACCAAUAGCUAAACAAGUUGCCCAAUGGAUCAUACCUGCAAAAGUGAAAUAUGCCUUUCAUAUUUCUUUUCUCAAUAAAACCAAUCUCUCUAUCAUGCAGAACCUAAAAGAAACAUCUUCUGCCAUUCCUUGCCCUGAAAAUCUCUUCUUUGCCUUUAUAGAAAACCUCUCUCUUAAAAUUGUUAAAAAAGUUGCUUACAAAUCUGAAACGGCAAUUACAGGCCACCUUUACUAUAGAAAUAACAACAUUAUUACACAAUCAGACACUGAAAUUUCUAUUCCCCCUCAAACUAAAACAUUAUCAAUCUGGGUUAAACGCAAAGGCAAAUUAACAAUUCUCAAUCCAAUUAACGAAAUAAUUAACAUACUUAUAGAUACAAUUCCCUUACCAAUCCCUUCAAUACUAAUUCCAAAUUAUCCGACAUCUCUCUUCUCCUCUCCCAUAUGGACUGUAACAAUCUCUUCUCACAUAAUAAAUAUUAUAGGAACCUUUAUAGAACACUUCAAACCCAUCGAAGACAAAUCUCUAGCUUUUCUUUUAGCACUUAAAUAUAUUUACACCAAUGUCCAACCUAAUGCAACCUUAUCUAUAACCCUUCCAGAGACCCCUAACCUUACGACCCCCUCAUAUAUUAAUAGACGAAUCAAACAAACUUAUAGCCAAUACAAGUCUGAUAUCACAUACCUUAUUAAACAUAAAAAUCUCAACAUUACCUUCAACCAACAGAAAGUAACAGCCCUCUCAAGUAAUACUACUAAGACUCUUGAUUGGAAGCACCCAACCUUUUCAACAACCCCUUCUAUUUCUAAUAUUCCCUUCUCUAAUGCCGUUACUUGGAUAAAGACCAUAAUCAAAACUAAAAGACAACUACAUGUUAGAUCACUCAAAUCUUGGAUAGACAGACCUCUAUAUAAAUUGGACUCAAUUAUUGUUGAGCAACACAAGCAACUAAUCACAAAUGAAAAAUUUAAACUUUCAGCUAUACUUACUUUUAGAAUAAAUAUUCUCUGUCGCAACCUUCCAACCAGAGUAAAAUUGAAUACUCGAUACCCCCAGGUCUAUCCUAGCAGCACAUGCCUCCAUUGCAAUUCUACCUCUGAAUCCUUUGAACAUAUAUUCUCCUGUCUGUCAAACUUUUCAAUAAUCAAGGAAAAAAGCAAAAGCAUCAUUAAGCUUAUCCUAGAACUUAUUAACAAAAGUGAUAGCAUUCAAUCCAAGACUGACCUCAAUGAUAUAAUAAGUAACCUUUUAAUCUCUGGACCCCUCCUACUAAACUGGGCAAUAGGUAUUAUAUCUCCAAUCCCAGAUCUUUCAGUAAAGCACAAAGGCACAAUUGCAGCAAAGGUUUUAAAGAUUAUUUUCAAAUACAUCUGGAUCUCCAGAUCAGCAACUGCUAAUACCUCCCCUGUAACAGGGAUAUACUAG